AUGAGCUCCUCCACUACCACCACCACAAAAAAGCCAGUCAUUCAAAUUAAACUCUUGAAAAAUAAUGCCCUGAUUCCCCUCUCUAAAAAAUCAUCAUCAUCAGCAUCAUCGGAAAAUGUUUUUAAUAGAAAAUUAACAGAAAAUGAUAAGAAGGAAUUGGACAUGUUUUUAAAGGUUCUCUCUCCUAUUGAGCCUCUUAAAUUUACAAUUUCUAUAAUUUCCGAUAAUUCAACAAUGGGUAUUCCUAAUAGAGUGGUUGGACAAAUUGUUCAUACUUUUGAAUCAAAGAAGGAUAAUACAUCGGUAUCGAAUGUUGAUUCUAUUAAUUUAUUACCUGCUUUGGAUGAUGUUGUUUCACACUUGGAUAAUUGUUUUGUUUCCGAAAAGGAACAAUUCUUACAAAUUCCAGUUAAGGCAUACAAUAUUGGACAAGAAUAUAGUUUACGUCUCGAGUUGGGAGGAAGAAGUACUGGUGCUGCUAAAUCAACAGUUGCUGCUCUUCCUUUCGAAGAUAUUAUUGUUACUUUGGUCAAUCAACAACAACAACAACCAAAUGAACAAACAUCAUCCAAUACUCCUUCAAAGAAUGAUAAAAAGAAAAAACCUUCCGAACAAGAAGUCAUGAUGAAAUUACUUUUGGAACAAGAGGAUGCAAACGAAAAGAAGAAACAAUCCAAGAAAGGAAGCUCCAAGAAAAAGUAAAGAGUACUAAAUUUUCAUUUC